UUAUACACCUGAAUGCAGCAUACGUCAUAUGGUGGCAGGGCAACGCUGAAUUUUCACCUACACUCAGGAGAGAUCUCGCUCUCCCUUGACAUUUUGAAUCAUUUGGCAGUUUCUCCAUUAAUUACCCAAAGCCAGCUGACAAAAUAAGAACAAGAUACAGAAUAUUGUCGGUGAGUGACCCACAGCAGCAGCGAGGGAGAGCCCACCAGCGACCCUUGAACCGAGCAUCUGUGAUCCAGGAUCGCAUAAGCUGCUCCGUGACAAGAAACUACACAUUGCAUACGAGAUUUAUGGAGGCUAUUUUAAACUGCAAACCUGAGGACUUGGAUGAUUACUACGGGUUGUUGGGAUGUGAUGAAUUGUCGUCGACGGAACAGAUUCUUAAUGAAUACAAGAUCCGAGCCUUGGCAUGUCACCCAGACAAACACCUAGACAAUCCAAGAGCAGUGGCAGAUUUCCAAAAGCUGCAGGAAGCCAAAGAGGUUUUAUGCAAUGAAACCAAAAGAAAAAACUAUGAUCUCUGGAGAAGAAGUGGGGUAACCAUUCCAUUUCAGGACUGGCGAGCCUUGAAUGACUCUGUAAAAAUGUCAAUGCACUGGGCUGUGAGAAAUAAGAAAGAACCCAUGUUGGAGGCCUCAAAUGCAGAAAUCCCCGUCCCUUCCCAAGCAGAGGACCUUCGUUCUGAGCCGGAAGCACCGAGGAUCCCUUCAUAUGAAGCCAUGCCAUCCGCAAGGGAUUACUGCCAUCGACGUUUCCGUUGGGCCGCUGACACCCCAUCCACUCUGCUGCAGAAGUUUAGAAAUUAUGAAAUAUAAAAACAUUCAGUUUCAUUUUGUUUUGUUUUGUUGAUGGCAUUCAGUCGGGACCCUGUUCAUUGGGGUGUUAAGGUUUGUGAAUAUGGUCUGGCUGUAACUUAUCUUCAUUCAAAUUGUGAGCUCUAAAUGUGUCUGCUGCAAGCGUCAAAUACUUUGCCAAACAAAAGUCAGCAUAUGAGAUUAUGUGACUAAUUUUGUUUUGCUCAUCUGUUUAUGUUCA